AUGGCGCUGCGGUCACAGACAUCACAGUCCAUCGACCAAAAGCCUGCUGACCUAUCCGAGAUCCACAGUGCCAACAGCCAUGGCCAGGCAAACCCCAAGAUCGAUAGCGGUUCAGUGGAUUUGUUGAGCGAGUUGCAGGCCGCGCAUGAACAUUUGGAGCCCCAUGCUUGCUGGGUAGAGAAGCCUCCGACUGUGCGCCUGAAGAGCAUUGCCAGCGUCCAGUCAACGAAUGCCUAUACGGUCGCACGUGCUAAGGGCCAACAGCCCUGUGCCUGCAUUUUGACCCCUUCCGGGAUGUUCAGGAACAUCUGGGACAUGAUUGGUGUGUUCUGCUUGAUUUGGGACAUCAUCAUGAUCCCACUACAAAUGUUUGAUUUGGAGGCUGGGGUUCAGACGUUGCUGGAGUGGACUUCCCGGCUUGAGAUGGCUUUCUGGUUUGCAGACAUGCUGUUGGCGUUUUUUACAGGUUUUGUUGAACAGGGUAUCUUGGUCAUGGACUUGCCAAAGAUCCGUCGCCACUACAUCCGCAAUUGGUUCGGCAUUGAUGCCUCGAUCUUGAUUACGGACGCGCUGCUGGAAUUUGCUUUCGCAGACAGCUUGGGCGAGGUGAAAGCAGCUAAAUUCCUGCGACUCGUCAGGCUUCUUCGUAUUAUCCGCUUAGGCAAGCUGACUCAUGUCAGUAUCGUCCUUCGUGAUCAGUUGAAGUCGCGCUCGGCAUGCAUACAACUGAACCUGUGCCUUGUCGUUCUCUGCAUCAUCCUCCUGGAGCACGUGGUUGCAUGUUGCUGGCAUGGAAUCGGCUCCUUGAGCAGCGAGGGCUCAUGGCUCGACGUUCAUGGUAUGCGCGAUCAGCCCGUGGCCUUCCAAUAUGCUACAGCCAUGCGCUGGAGCCUUUCGCAGUUGGGAAUUGGAGGGACAGAGAUUGAAGCAGUCUCCUAUGCCGAGUCGGUGUACUCCGUCGUCGUGGCCUUCGUGUCCCUUAUCUCCUUUUCCACUGUGAUCAGCUCGAUGACUUCCCUCAUCACCAGCCUCAACAAAGCCAAGGUGGAGGAGACUGACCAGUUCUGGCUACUUCGAAAAUAUCUUCGAGACAAGCGCAUUGCUGGAAGCCUUGCCGGGCGCGUAACACGCUUCUUGCAGUAUGCCUACCACAACUUUGCAGUUCAAAUUGCCGAUCAUCCACACAUCCUGCAACUUCUCUCGAAGCCUCUGCAGGGGGAGUUGAACUUCCGUCUCUAUCAGAGCAGCAUCUUGAAGAUUUCCUUCUUAGCUGAAGUUUCACAGAGCCUCAUUUCAUACAGCGACAGCGCCUUCCAUAAGCUGGCCAGUGCUGCAGUGCAUAUCGUCGAUGCAG